GGAAUAAUUAAUCCAUUAAAAUAUGUUUAAAAUUAAAAUUAAAUUUAGGUAUCAAUGGAAAAAAAUAGCUGUGAUGUACAUUUUGCCUUAGCUUCGCGGCUUGGCGCAGUCGAUCGGGAACAGGAGAUCAAGUUUUGCUAAACUAACAGGUAAGAAUAAGAUAAGAGAGGUGGUUUCUUCUUCUAGUGCUUUUUAUCUGCUCCCUUUUGGUUCAGGCUUUUUCUCCAGCUACCACCGUCCUUCUCCUCAAACCCUAACCCAAGCUUGCACGUUUUUGCCCCAAAUGGUGGAAAUGCGGAUCUCGCAACUCUCCAGCUAUCUCUCCUUUCUCUUCGUCGUCGCCCUUGUCUUCGUCUCCGCUGUUCGAUACUCCGAAGCCGUAGAAGAGAAAGCGGAAGCCCCCUUCUCCUUCUCCUUCUCCUUCUCCUUCGAUCGGUCCGAAGCAUCCCCCAGCUUUGCUUCGCAAAUCGUUCUCAGCGGAGACGCCGCGAUCAUCGAUUCCGCGAUCAGGGUCACUCGCCCCGUGAACUCGAGCUAUGGGGGGAUCGCGUGCAGGGAACCCAUCAGAUUCGUGGGAACAAACCCUGGGUUUUCCACCUACUUCGUCUUCUCCAUCUCACAGAGAAAUGGCGGUUCCUUGGCGUUCUCUCUAACCCCGAGCAGUGCCUCUCUUGAAUCCACGGAUGUGCUCCGAUCCGGCACGCCAUUGUCGCCCAGUUUAAUCUCGGUGAAGUUUAUAACAGCUUCAGACCCUACUUCCGGUAAUCGAAGUGCAAACUAUGUUGCAAUCGAUGUUGGUGCCAAACCUGGCGUUGAAAGCUCUGAACUUUCAGGCUCCGACUUGGUUUUAAGCAGUGGACAGAAGCUGCAUUCUUGGAUUGAUUACAACGGGAUUACAAAGAAAAUUGAAGUGAGGGUGAGCAAACUGAACGAUCCGAGGCCCGCCGAUCUGUUGCUUUCACACCCAAUUGAUCUAUCCAACGCGCUGUGGAGGGAGAAGAUGCUUGUGGGUAUAAGCUCUACGAGCGGCAAUUCUACGAUUUAUUCGUGGAGCUUCCAUGUUAAACACGGAGCUCCGCAUUCCAUGCACUCUGAUCCUCUGGAUCCUCACUCAUUACUUGCGCAAUCCGCGAAGCCCCCACCGAUCCAUCCGAGAAGACCUCAUUCUUGGGGUGUUUUUGCGGCAAUGGUGUUUGCUGCUGCUUUGGGAGCCCUGCUGAUGUGGUAUGCCACUGUCUCCCGGCGCCCCGUAGGUCCCAUGGAGUAUCAAAUGAACCCAAUAGAGAUCGGGUAUGAGAGGAUUGUGCUCCUUGAUGACAAGGUUAUUAGAGAGUGUUGAGAAGCAACAGGUUGGAGAUGAGAAUGUGCUGUGUUGAAUACUGUUAUGUUUCUUUCUCCUGCUAUUGUGUCCCGUGCUCUCCUCGUGAAUGGAGGCCAUAGAUUUUGCAUCAAUCUUGUGCGGACGGUUUCUGUUCUUAGUUACUCUGCUUAUAUUUAGUUCUAGUGUAUUCCCUUAUAUUUAGUUCUAGCCUAUUGCCUGGUAGUUUUUAUUAUUGUAUUAAAGCUAAAUGAUGGUCGAUGGAAAUGAAUUGUGCUGUAGGAGGGAGGUCUCUUAUCUUUACUGUUUUGCUCUUA